GCCCCCUCCCCUCUUGCUUCCGAUACGGAAGCCGAGAGGCGUCGACGCCGCCGCCGCUUUUCAGCCCAGAGCUAGAGCUGGGCCGGGAGGGCCGCCCAGCCGGGCUGGCGGCGGCAGCAGCGGCAGGAGGGGGAAAAUGGCGGCGCCGCUGCUGUCCCUCUCCGAGGGGGAAGGAGCCCGGGCGCGGCGGCGGGAGCAGCUCCGAGCCUGGGCGGAGGCCGAGGCAGCGGCGGCGGCGGCAGCAGCAGCGGCUGCUUCUCUGUGCCCGGCCCCGCCUCCUCCGGGGCUGCCGGUGGCGGCCGAGAGCGAGGCUGUGCCCGCGGCGGGGAUGGGCUCCGGGUCCGGCGGCGGCAGAGGGCUUCGGCCCCGCGCCGUCCGCUUCGAGGCGGCCGCCGAGUUCCUGGCCUGCUGCGCCGGGGCCGAGCUGGAAGCGGCGCGGGAGAUGCUCAGCGCCGACCCGGGCGCCGUGAACGGGACCAACGCGGACGGCAUCAGCGCCCUCCACCAGGCCUGCAUUGAUGAGAACAUGGAGGUGGUGGAAUUUCUGGUGGCAAACGGAGCCGACGUGAACCAGGCUGACAAUGAGGGCUGGACUCCGCUGCACGUCGCUGCUUCCUGCGGCUACAUUGAGAUUGCACAAUACCUCUUGGACCACGGUGCCAACAUUGCUGCAGUGAACAGCGACGGGGACGUGCCAUUGGACAUUGCGGAGGCUGACAACAUGGAGGCCUUACUGCGUUCGGAGAUUGGGAAGAGAGGGAUAGAUGUAGAAGUAGCCAAGCGAGAGGAGGAGGAGGUGAUGCUUCGUGACGCACGCCAGUGGAUGAACGGUGGGAAAAUCUCUGACGAGCCGCACCCCAAAACAGGGGCCACGGCCCUCCACGUGGCAGCUGCCAAAGGCUACAUUGAGGUCAUGAGGCUGCUCUUGCAGGCUGGAUAUGACCCCAAUGUGCAGGACAAAGACGGCUGGGCUCCCUUGCAUGCGGCAGCCCACUGGGGAGUGGAAGAGGCCUGUCGCCUCCUGGCAGAGCACUUCUGUGACAUGGAGGCACUCAACAACGUGGGCCAGCGUCCCUGCGACCUUGCGGAUGAGGAUACUUUGGCUCUGCUGGAGGAUCUCCAACGCAAGCAAAUCGACCUACGCAGCAAGAAGGAAGCUCACCUGAAGCAGGCAGUGAUUGACACCAGCUUGGAGCAGCCCCCAUCGUACACAAGCAAGCACCGGAGGAGCUCUGUGUGCCGCAUGAGCAGCAAGGAGAAGAUCUCCGUCCAGGACCAGUCAAAGGAGCGCAAGACCCUGGGGACCAUUGCCGUCGGCGAGGAGGAGACCAGCUCUGCCUCGGAGGGGGAGGAGACGCCGCAAUCCAAUGAGGUGAAGGCCGCUCCCCCAACGGACAACAGUGCAGUGAAUGGCGUCUCCGUGACCCCUGUCAGCCCUGUGUCCCCCAGUCCCAUGGGGCAGAAGUUCUCUGGAGGCUCCAGCCGCACCAUGGAGCCAGAGGACACGGCAGCUCCUGCCAUCUGGAAGCAGAGCCUACGGAAGACCAGCAGCUUUGGGGUGCUUCAGGAUGCAAAGCUGGAGGAGGAGGCAGCUGCCAAGGAGGGCAGUGGCAUCAAGCGGUCGGCAUCCAGCCCCAGGCUUGAUACGGAGGAAAAGCAAGACAUCCGGGAGCUCUUACGGAAGUGGAACAAGAACCCCAUUGGCCCAGGGUUAGCCAAUAGGAGCACAGCUUCUGAGCCAGCGGGUGAUGCGAGCAAAGAGCCACGCCUGGCCCGCGUAACUCCGACCCCGACUCGGCGGAUAUUUGCCCUCCCAGACACGGAGCCCCAUCGGGAUCCCAGGCGAGCAAACUUAGAAGGUGGCCUUCAGAUGAAGAUAGACACAGCCCUUGCCCCACACCAGCCCCCUUCUUCCACUGCCAUCAGCUCUGGCAUGGAUCCCCGGGACCGCCGAAGGUCGUACCAGACGCCCGUGCGGGACGAAGAGUCAGAGUCCCAGAGGAAGGCCCGUUCGAGGCUCAUGAGGCAGUCCAGGCGUUCCACGCAGGGUGUCACCCUCACGGAUCUGAAGGAGGCUGAGAAGACCAUGGGCCGGGCUGGGGACUCCAGAGCAGUCCCGGAGCAGCGAAAUAAGGAGGACGAGAAGCAUGACAGAGAUGGAGAGCAGCAGUCCCAGGAGACUACGGACUCUUCUAGAAGAUUCCGGCUUCCGAGUUCAGAAGGUUCUUCGGUUUAUACUGUGAAUCCGUUAGUGGUGAAUUCGCAGCCCAGAAAAGUCUCAGAAGCCGAGGAUACAAGCUCAGAGGCAGAUUCGGAUCUACGGAACAGACUCGCCAUCAGGGACCGCAGGAAAGGCCGACGGAUCGUCUCCGGACUAGGAGGGAACUCGGAGGGUGAAGAUGAUGAAGACAGUGAGCAAGUCAACAAUGAAGAUCCAUCAGGACAUGGCAGCGAACACCUAAACAGCGUCCUGUCAAACCGGACAGCUCCCUACAGCUGCCAGAGACAGAACAGCAAUUUGGGCUGCAAAGAGGAACCUGAUCACUAUUACAAGAAACUGUAUGAAGAUCUCGUGAUCGAGAAUGAAAAACUGAAGGAGCAGCUACAAGAAGCACAGCUACAGCUGACGCAGAUCAAGCUGGAGCUGGAAAGAGUGACCCAGAGGCAAGAGCGUUUCGCUGAGCGGCCGGCUCUCCUAGAGCUGGAGAGAUUUGAACGCCGAGCUUUGGAGAGGAAAGCAGCAGAGCUAGAGGAAGAAUUGAAGGCUCUUUCGGAUUUGAAGGCAGACAACCAGCGUCUCAAAGACGAAAACGCCGCUCUAAUCCGUGUGAUCAGCAAACUCUCCAAGUGACCGCCGCUGCCACCGCCCCCGACUCCUCCCCCCCCCCCCGGGGAGGGGAGAUGCAGGGGCCUUAUUCCGCACCCCACCUCCUUGUGUACCAGAUCCUCAAUCGGAACAGGAGACAUAACGCAAGGCUAGGGAUGGCCAACUCCCUCUUCACCACUCAAAACACUCCAAACGUGGGGGAUUCUGAGCCUCAGCCAAUCAGACACCCAUCAUCCAUUGUUUUACACAGAGGGGCCAAGUUUUUCUCACCAGAUGUGAUGUCUCCAGCCCAAUGUCCUCCCCAUCCCCUCUCCCCACCCCACCCUCCCUCCUCCUCUCCAGAGACAGUAUUUAUUUUGUGGCUUCCUUUUAAAAGUGAUGCUAUUUGCUUGUUGCUUUUCCUUUAACGAACAAAGGGAGAGGGAAUGACGGGAGCCAGUCUUUCUGGGGGCUCAAGAGGAGCGAGGGGGGCCUUGAUGUCAUUCUCCUGACAGCAGGCAAAUAAGCGUUUGCUUUACAGGUUGGGAAGUUUUUUGAGGCUGUGGGCAAAGUUGAGUUGACAGGGGUUCCCUGUUAACCGGCAGGAUAUCUUGGGUCAUCGGUGUUGCUCGUAGCUUUGGCCCCAUAGCUCUGCAGCUCAGGAGCGCCGCUAUCUCAAGGCUGCGUAAGGGAAAUGGUGGCAGGACUCAGUCCAAGCACCCACUCACAUCCUGCCAAAACAAACCAAUGCAUUUGACAAUUGGGUUAGUUCUCCCAAGAGGGCAGCAGAGUUGAAGGUGGCAGCCAGGUUUUAGAGCCGAGGCUGGCAGCUGGUCUGGAAGUCGGAGAACUUGAGCAGACGAGUUUAAAAAUGGGAUGUGGUAGCCCUGGGUGUGUGGGUGUGUGUAUGUGCAUGUACGAGAGCGAGAAAGAGAAGCGCCUUAGCACUGUUUAAUCAGCGGGGAAUUGUGGGUAACGGUUGGGGGUUUUUUUAUGGUCUUUUGGGGUUGGCUGCCACUCUCUAGAGCCAGACGGACAGGAGAGUUCUGCGGCGGCAUUAAUUUAGGAGCCGAGAUAGUAUUGCCUGUGAAGAUGAGGCUAUUAAGUGCCAUAGCUUGGGGUUGGGGGAGACAGCUGCAGGGGUGGGGCUACAUGGGGAGGGUCUAGAUCUCUGCUCCUGUUCUUCACUUCCCUCAGCAUCUCGAUUUUUCAGGUGCGAGUGUGGCUUGGUCCCUUCUCGGAAACUCCAGCGUCCUAUAGCGUCCAGCCUGGCUCUGAAGGAUGCUUCUAGUGUUCCCUUGCCUGAACCUGAGGCCGAAUCCCAGGGAAACGGUCUCAUUCCCCUUCCCGCUGUCUGGACAGUGCCCCCCUCCCCACAGCCUUCUGCCAACGCCCAGUCCCGCUGUGAGGAUCUCCUAGACGUCUAUAACCCUGGGCUGUGCAAUGGACAGCAUUGGCCAUACAAGUCCACAUUUGUCAUUGUCCCAUUUGCCAGUUCCUCCACUCCUCCUCUUCCAGGACCUGUGCCUCCUUGACCUCUCGUAUUCCGGUUUGUUGGAUUCUGCCGCCGCCGCUUUCCUAGAGGAUGCAUUGGGGUGGGGGUGGGGGUGUCCAUUUACACGGCUCUCCUCCAUCCCUCUUCCUGCACGCACACAAUCAAAUAUUUUCAAUGUUAAAACUGAGGGCUAGAAGUACUUCCAAGUGAAACUGAGGGCUAGAAGUAAUUCCAAGAGAAACGGGUCCAAAGUACUACCCUGAAAAUCCUGUCUGUGUGUGUGUGUGUUGUUUUUUUCCUGCGCUAUCAUGAGCCAAGAUUUCCUCCGCCAAAAUAAAUAAGUCCCUUCUUUUCUACCAUGUCACCCCUUUCUCUUUUCUUCGCCCACCCCUUUUUAUUUUUAUUUUCUCUCUCUCUCUCCACCUGCCCUGAUCUGUGAACUCCCCCUCCCCAAACAUAUCUGUACAUAACAGAAGUAUUUUCUAUAUGGUUGCAUCGCCAAGAAAAAAAAAACAAGAAGAAAAAAAUGCAGAAAAACUUAAAUGUGCAAUAUCGCAUGAGUAUUUUUUUUCCAAAGAAGUCUCUAUAUUGUACUUGUUUAUUCAGCAGCUCAGCUGCAUAUGUUUUAAAGAACAGGGAAUUGAAAUUACCGUGUUGAAUAUAAUUAAAAAUAAAAAAGAUUGCUCCUUA